CGGGUCGUUCCAGAAAGACCGAGCCUUUGUGUGGAGCUCGUGCUUGGCCACGGGGCUCUGCGGGUGCCAGGCCGUGUGUCCGUUCAGUGUUCACUGGAGGGAGCUCUGAAUAUCCUGAAGCUGGUGGUGUCUCGAUCUGCCAGCCUGGUUUUGCCUUCCUACCAACACAGUGACCUUUCAAAGAUGGAAAUACACCGAGUGUGGACGAGUGCUUCCAAGGAAUUACCUGGGAAAACUCUGGACUUUCACUUUGAUAUUUCAAGACGCCCAUCAUCGGAAGGCGAUACGAUGAACUGCAGAGCUCCGCUGGCCGCGACGGGAAGCCCAGGGCCAUGGCCGUCACCCGGAGCACGUCCUCCACCUCGUCGGGCUCCAACUCCAACGUCUCGUUCCUGUGAGCUGGAAAAGGCCGCAGUAUUCUCAGAAGAGGACGAAAGAGAAGUUGGUUCAUGUCCUUUCUCUGUGUGGCCAAGAAGUAGGACUAAGCAAAAAUCCAUCCGUGAUUUUCUCGUCGUGCGGGGACCUGGACCUGCUGGAGCACCAGACGAGCCUGGUGUCGUCGGAGGACGGUGCCCGGAGCAGGAGAACAUGGAUGACACCAACAGCGAGCAGCAGUUCCGGGUCUUCCGAGACUUCGACUUCCUAGACGUGGAGCUGGAGGACGGAGAGGAACUUCAGGGCGAGAGCAUGGACAAUUUCAACUGGGGAGUACGCAGGCGGUCUCUGGAUAGUCUGGACAAGUGUGAUAUGCAGCUUCUGGAGGAGCGCCAGCUCUCAGGAAGUUCUCCCAGCCUCAAUAAAAUGAACCAGGAAGAUUCCGACGAGUCCUCGGAAGAGGAGGACCUCACGGCCAGCCAGAUCCUGGAGCAGUCUGACCUCAUCAUGAAUCUCUCCCCGUCUGAGGAGACGAAUCCCGUGGACUCGCUCACCGCAGCCUGUGACAUGACCCCUGCCGACUCUCAUUCCUUUAACACCAGAAUGGCCAGCUUUGAUGCUUCUCUGCCCGAGAUGAACAAUCUGCAGAUUUCUGAGGGUUCAAAGGCCGACGCUGUGCAGGAGGAGGAGGACACCACGGUGCAUGAGGACGACCUUUCCAGCUCCAUCAAUGAACUCCCGGCCACUUUCGAAUGCAGCGAUAGCUUUAGCCUGGAUAUGACCGAGGCAGAAGAAAAAGGCGGUCGUGCGCUGGACCAGUUUACUCUCGCAAGCUUUGGAGAAGGCGAGAGGGGCGUCUCUCCCCCUCCCUCGCCCUUCUUCUCGGCCAUCCUGGCCGCCUUUCAGCCCACGGCCUGCGACGACGCCGAGGAGGCCUGGCGCAGCCACAUCAACCAGCUCAUGUGCGACUCGGACGGCUCCUGCGCCGUCUACACCUUCCACGUCUUCUCCUCGCUGUUCAAGAAUAUUCAGAAAAGGUUCUGCUUCCUAACGUGUGAUGCGGCCAGUUACCUGGGAGAUAACCUCCGGGGCAUCGGCUCCAAGUUUGUCAGCUCUUCCCAGAUGCUCACCUCCUGCUCCGAGUGCCCCACGCUUUUCGUGGACGCCGAGACGCUCCUUUCUUGCGGACUUUUGGAUAAGCUCAAGUUCAGUGUUUUGGAACUGCAAGAAUAUCUGGAUACCUACAACAACAGAAAAGAGGCCACUCUCUCAUGGCUUGCGAACUGCAAGGCAACAUUCGCAGGAGGUUCAAGAGAUGGAGUAAUUACCUGCCAACCAGGGGACUCCGAAGAAAAGCAAAUGGAAUCUCUUGCACAACUGGAACUGUGUCAGAGGUUGUACAAGCUACACUUCCAGCUGCUGCUGCUUUUUCAGUCCUACUGUAAGCUCAUCGGCCAGGUGCACGAAGUCAGCUCCACGCCCGAGCUGCUAAACAUGUCCAGGGAACUGAGUGACCUAAAGAAGAGCCUGAAGGAGGCCACCGCGGCCAUCGCGGCGGAGCCCCUCUACGCCGAGGGGGCCUGGGCCGAACCCACCUUCACGUCCACCGAAGCAGCCAUCCAGUCCAUGCUCGAGUGCCUCAAGAACAACCAGCUGGGCAAGGCGCUUCGGCAGAUCAGGGAAUGCAGAAGCCUGUGGCCCAACGACAUCUUUGGGAGCAGUUCUGACGAUGAGGUCCAGACGCUGCUGAACAUUUACUUCCGUCAUCAAACGCUGGGACAGACGGGUACUUACGCGCUGGUGGGGUCCAACCAGAGCCUGACCGAGAUCUGCACCAAGCUGAUGGAGCUGAACCUGGAGAUCCGGGACAUGAUCCGCAGGGCCCAGAGCUACCGCGUCCUCACCGCCUUCCUUCCCGACUCCAGCGCUUCCGGCACGAGUCUCUGACAGCAGCCGCCCGUCCCCCGAGGGGGCCAGGCUGGGGCUGCUGCCGUGCUGGGGCGACGUCGUUCAGCGUCUUCGCAGCCUUCCAAAGGCUGGGGCGGACUGUUCUCCCUCUUGUUACCUGUAGGACUUUUUCUAGAGAGGAUGGGGCAGAACCUCCCACGUGUAGCAAUACUUAAGAACCAAGGUCACACAGGACCUGCCAGGACAGACUCCAUCGGUCACGCCCGUGUGGCACACACGUGUCCUCGUUUUGCUAAACAGAUGCAACUCACUACUGCAGACGUGACUCUCGUCGCAUACCAAAGCCGACUACUUCCAACAGUACCUUCCUUUCUAGAAACAAUUUUAGAUUGGCAAAAGUGCAAUGUUUUCUUCACUAAAAAUAUUUUAUAUUCUCAAACUUGUACAUUCUUUCCCUUUUCUCUUUUUUUUUUUUUUUUUUUUUUUUUUUUUUUUUUGGUGGGCUGAGGAAGGGGCAGGCAGAAUGAAGCUGGCCACUGAAAACUGUAAGACGGUCAAAAGCUGACAGCCUGUGUUUGUGAAAAGGGAAUUGUAAAUGGACAAUUUAAUGUACACUGAAAUUUGAAGACAAUUACUGUAUCUAAAAGGAGCUGCUAUGAAGUACUUUUCUUACGUUGCUAGGCUACUGUUUCUGCAAGCCCUGGAUCUCUUUGCAGGGGUCUGUGAUCAGGACCCUUGUACCAAAAACGGUCUGGAUAGACCUUUUUUUAAGGAUCUUGGCUGCUUUUUACUAGAAGGUUGCUUUUAUGAGCGUAUUUAUACUACGGAAGGAUGAGUGUUAAUUUUAACCAACUUUGCCAUUUUGUAGCAAAAAGUUAAAGACCUUCACAUUAUAAAUUCCAAAUCUUUCCACCUGUUACGCAUGCAUAUUUAAUAUCCAUUUGGAUAGCCAGAAAUAGAAUCAUGAAGGUAAAAUAUGAGUUGUCACUUUGUUUCUUAAGAACUGUCAUUUUAUUUGUAAUAUAUAUGUAAAGGGCCAUUCUUAAGUUUUCUCCUUAAACUUACUGCUGUCACGUGUUAGCUGCGUGCAUGUAUAAACCUGUUCCACAUCAGAAACAUAGUCAAAGUUUUAUCUAUGUAACUUAUUCACUCUGUAAAUACAUUCAAAGUUUUUGUGAUGUAA